AGAGAUGAGAUGUGUUGUUGUCAUGGUGACCCACACCGCCGUCCUGCAAGGUAGAGCCUCUGUUACCUGCUUGCAAAACAAGAUGACGGUGGCCUUGGAGAAAGCCUCCAUGCCAGACAUCAGUGAGGAGUUUCUGUCACUCAGAGACCCGUCGUGCACGCUCACCACCAACGACACCCACAUCCUGGGAACCAUGUCCUUCAGCACCUGUGGCACAAAGCUGGAGGACAAAGGAGACUACAUCGUCUUUAAGAACGAGAUCCACUCCAUCGUGCGGUCCAACGAGAUCAUCAUCCGGAGGAACAAUGUCAAAAUCGACUUCUACUGCGAGUUUCCCAAAACCAUCAGCGUCUCCAACUUCUACAACCUCCACCAGGCCGACUACAUCUUCACCGAGUCCAGCUUUGGCAGCUUCGGCUACAGCUUCGAGAUAUUCCAGAACGGCAACUUCACCAGCAGGGUGCCGCCCGACGCCUACCCGGUGCAGGUCAAGAUGAUGGGGAUGAUUUACAUGGGCAUCCAGGCCGUGUCGGAGCUGCCAAACGUCACCUUGUUUGUCGAGUCGUGCAAAGGAACUCCGGACAACAACCCUGACAACCCCAUGUACUACGACCUCAUCAAGAACGGGUGUGUCAAAGACGAGACGGUUAAGAUCCACCCAUCAAACCAGACGAACUUCAACUUUCAGAUGCAAAUCUUUAAAUUCAACGGAAAUUAUGACCAGGUUUACAUCAUCUGCAACGUCAUCCUGUGCGAGCCUGGGAAUCCCUUUUCCCGAUGUGCGCAGGGAUGUCUGAGCGAGCCGUCUCGCCGUCGCAGACGAGGGCUGAGCAUGGAGACCACCGGGCACUACAUUACCCAGGGUCCUCUGCAAGUGCUUGGGCCGGCUGAUUCCAGUUCUCCAGUGGAGCACAAGAAGAUAAAUGCAGCUCCGAAAGGCGACACGGCUCCUGAAGGGAAUUUUCCCGGAGUUGUUCCAGAACCCAGAUCGGACGGAGCAACCUGGAGGUUCAGGGAGGUGUUUGCCUCCAACAUCACCACGGUGGUGUUCGGCAGCGGCUUCGUCCUGUCGCUGGUUCUGCUGGCCGUGGUGGUCCGCUACUUCAGCAGGAGGAGGAGAGCCGAAGACCAGAGCUUGCUCAUUGAAGACGAGUUUGAGAAAUAAACGGCUCCCUGCAUGAGAGCCUCUGGGAAACAGAUGAAUUAAAGGAGACAAACUGAACCAUCUUUUUUACCCAAACCACAGGUCUGAGAUCAGGUUUGAUCAGAAUCAGGUCCAGGCUUUUAAACCUGGUUUUACAGAAAACGGUGAAAAGUUUCAAUCCAAACCACUUUUUAGUGUAAGAACCAACUAAGAUAUUUUGUUUCUAAGUACAGAAAUACGGCCCAAUAAGCUGUCAGUAACUGGGUUAUUAUAUAUAUAUAUAAAAAAAAACAGUUGAUGCAACAAUCAGAAGUUUAUUACAGUUUUUUCACUCAGCAUUUAACAUUUUAUUCCUCACCAGGAAAGAAGGGUUUAAUUUUGCUUUAUGUGUUUCUAGACCAGCCCAGAGUUAGUUUGUAACAAAUAAAACCUGUUUUCUGAUCAGAUCCAGUUUUUUUAGCCAAACAAUCACUAACCUAAAUGGCCGAUUAGCUCCAACUCAGACUAAACUCCAGAUUGAAGCUGAUCACUGAGAUCUUUGAAGCCGGACGCCUCAGAACAAAAACAAAAGAUUGUUUUUUUGAGUUCAGACCUUCAACUAUCAGGUUUCAGUAAUGUGUCUCCUAUAAUUCAUGUUUCCUUUUUUCAUGCAGACAGCCUUAAGAUAUUUUAUCUAAAUCUGAUAUAAUAAUUUGGGAGUUUUUAUCAGUUAAAUCAAAACUUAUUUUGCUUUGCAAACAAUAUUUUAGAGGGACUUCUGAGCUAAGGUUGCUUUCAGUGCUUCAGAUUUGCAGAUCACAGUUUUCUUGCCAGCAGAAAUGAUCCAACAGGUGGACAGAUGCGAAUGAAUCAGCUGCUUUCAGAUGCUGAGCGUGAGAAAAACCAGCUGAUCGGAUCUCUGACCCGGUUCCACUUCAUCUGCAGCAAUGCUGCAGCUGAAACUCGAUCAGCUGGAUGCCUUCAUGCUACUGUCCUCAUCAACACCUCCAAAUGUUUUCAUGGCCUGAUUAGGUUGUCAGGUUAUGGAAACUAAAUGCAGCAUUUUAAGGGAGUUCAUGUUAUCAAGAUUUAAAUUUUUCCUACAGUAUGUAUACAUUGGUUAUGUAAUAAAAAGCUUAUGGGA